GUUUCAGGUUUUUCAUUAUAGCUCCAAAAUGGGUAAGCGGAGCAAAGCAUUUGACGAAAUUGCCGCUUUGGCGAAACAGCGAAUCAUGAUCAUAGAUGGUGCAAUGGGAACAAUGAUCCAACGAGAGCAUUUGGAAGAGAAGGAUUUUCGGAAUGAAGCUCUGAAAGAUCAUCCAAAACCUUUAAAAGGUAACAACGACCUCUUGUCGAUAACUCGUCCGGAUAUCAUUUACAAGAUCCAUAAGCUAUAUCUAGACGCUGGUGCAGAUUUUAUUGAGACUAAUACCUUUUCUGGAACGACGAUAGCGCAAGCUGAUUAUGCGACGGAGCAUUUAGUCCAUGAAAUUAAUUAUCAAUCAGCUCUCAUAGCUAGACGAGCAUGUGAUACGGUAGAAUUAGAAACUGAUAGAAAAUGCUUUGUGUGCGGUUCGAUAGGACCAACGAAUAAAACUUUAUCAAUUUCACCGUCAGUGGAAAAGCCAGAAAUGAGAAACAUUACAUUCCAAGAGCUUGUGAAAGCCUAUGGCGAACAGGCAAGAUCCUUACUAGAAGGUGGUGUAGAUGUUUUAUUAGUUGAAACUGUAUUCGAUACCGCUAAUGCAAAAGCGGCUCUAUUUGCCAUUAGAAGCUUAUUCGAGGAUGAAGAAAUCAUGGAAGUUCCCGUAUUCCUUUCCGGCACCAUUGUUGAUCUUUCGGGCAGAACUUUGUCGGGACAAACUGGGGAAGCUUUUCUAGUAUCUACGAGACAGGGAAAACCAUCAGCAGUGGGGCUAAAUUGUGCACUUGGAGCUAAAGAUAUGAGGCCGUUCAUUGAAGCUAUGGCAAAUUUCUCAGAAGCGCUCAUUAUUUGCUACCCAAAUGCGGAUUCUGUAAAAUAUGUAUUUUUCGGUCUACCAAAUGCACUUGGUGGAUAUGAUGAGACACCAGAGGAUAUGGCUGAAACACUCAAGCAGUUUGCUAAGGAUGGCUUGGUAAACAUUGUUGGCGGAUGCUGUGGAACUACUCCAGAUCAUAUUUCAGCUAUCGCUAAGGCUAUGAAGGGUAUCACACCCCGAGAACCUCCUCGGGACCCAAAUGCCGGCAAUAUGCUCUUGUCAGGGCUCGAAGCAAUGACUGUGGGGCCGUACAGUAACUUCAUCAAUAUUGGAGAACGAUGCAAUGUGGCUGGUUCAAGGCGAUUCUGUAAUCUUAUCAAGAAUGGAAAUUACGAGGCUGCCAUUGAUGUAGCACGAGUACAAGUAGAAAAUGGUGCUCAAGUGUUGGAUAUCAAUAUGGAUGAAGGCCUUCUUGAUGGACCUUAUGCAAUGAGCAAAUUUCUUCGGCUUAUAGCCACUGAACCGGAUGUUGCUAAGGUACCUGUUUGCAUCGACUCAUCCGACUUUGCCGUGAUUGUAGCAGGCCUAGAAUCUAUACAAGGAAAAUGUAUUGUGAAUUCGAUUUCCCUCAAAGAGGGCGAGGAAGCCUUUAGAGAGCGAGCACGUCUGGUGAAAAGGUAUGGAGCCGCAGUGGUGGUGAUGGCUUUCGAUGAAGAAGGUCAAGCAGCCGAUACGCAAAGAAAGUACGAUAUCUGUGAGAGGAGUUAUAGAAUUUUGACGGAAGAAGUUGGUUUUGAUCCUUGUGAUAUCAUCUUUGACCCGAAUAUUCUUACUAUUGCUACCGGUAUGGACGAACAUGCCAAUUAUGGAGUGUACUUCAUAGAUGCUACGAGGAUGAUCAGGGAAAAUCUACCAGGAUGUCAUGUCUCGGGUGGUGUCUCGAAUGUGUCGUUCUCAUUCCGUGGAAUGGAGGCUGUGCGUGAAGCGAUGCACUCUGUAUUCCUCUACUAUGCAAUAAAGGCUGGUAUGGAUAUGGGAAUAGUGAAUGCUGGUGCACUACCAGUUUAUGAAGAUAUUCCGAAGGACCUUCUGAUCCUAAUCGAAGACCUUUUGUUCAACCGAGAUCCUGAUGCCACAGAAAAAAUGCUAGCUGUUGCACAAGAUAUGAAGAAAGGUGGAAAGAAAGCUGAAAAGACAGAAGAAUGGCGAAGCCUCAGUGUGGAAGAACGUCUAAAAUACGCACUAGUCAAGGGUAUCGACAGCCAUGUUGUGGAGGAUACUGAGGAAGCACGCUGUAUGACCGAUAAAUAUCCCAGACCAUUGAAUGUCAUAGAAAGACCACUUAUGGAUGGAAUGGCUGUGGUUGGAGAAUUGUUUGGUUCGGGUAAAAUGUUCCUACCUCAGGUUAUAAAGUCUGCCCGAGUGAUGAAAAAAGCCGUGGCACAUCUUAUUCCUUUCAUGGAUAAAGAGCGAGAGGAAAAUAUCAAGAAAAUGGGUAUAAAAGGUGAUGAGAGCCCUUAUCAAGGUACCGUAGUCAUUGCUACGGUUAAAGGUGACGUUCAUGACAUUGGAAAAAAUAUUGUUGCAGUAGUGCUAGGAUGUAACAAUUUCAAGGUCAUAGAUCUGGGCGUUAUGACGCCUUGUGAGACCAUAAUCAAAACUGCGAUUGAGGAGAAAGCAGACUUCGUUGGUUGCUCUGGACUAAUCACACCUUCUCUGGAUGAGAUGGUCCAUGUGGCAAAGGAAAUGCAACGAAAUGGGCUGAAAAUUCCGCUGCUCAUUGGAGGUGCAACGACGUCUAAAACUCACACAGCUGUCAAGAUUGCACCACGCUACAGUGGUCCCGUUAUACACUGUUUGGAUGCCAGCAAAUCCGUCGUUGUGUGUUCUGCACUUACGGACAAGACAACGAGGGAGGCCUUCCUCGCCGACAUCAGUGAGGAGUAUGAAGAAGUGCGACAAGAACACUACGAAACACUAAAAUAUAGACGUUUUACUCCCAUUGAUGUUGCACGUUCCAAGGCAUUGCGCGUUGAUUUUGAUAAAUUCCCACCAGUACGGCCCACAUUUAUUGGAUGCAGAGAGUUUUUGGACUUCGACCUCAACAAGCUCGUCCCAUACAUCGAUUGGAAACCAUUCUUUGAUGUUUGGCAACUCAGAGGGAAGUACCCGAAUCGAUCAUACCCUCGAAUUUUUGAAGAUGAGCAAGUUGGAGCUGAAGCAAAGAGAAUUCACGAUGACGCCCAAAAAUGGUUGAGCAAAAUAAUCAAAGAGAAGAAGCUCAAGGCAAAUGCUGUCAUAGGAUUUUAUGAGGCUGGUUCUCAAGGCGAUGAUAUCCAUAUUUUCGAAAAUGGCGUAAAAAUAGCAACAUUCUAUGGACUGCGACAACAAUGUGGACGUGAACAUGAUCAGCCACAUAUUUGCAUGAGCGACUUCGUCAAACCUCUAAAACUUGGUCUCCCAUUGGACUAUAUGGGAAUGUUUGCGUGCAGCGCUGGCAUUGGGGCUGAGAAGUACUGCAAAGAACUGGAAGUUGAUCACGAUGACUAUGGAAGCAUCAUGGUCAAGGCGCUUGCUGAUCGCCUUGCUGAAGCGUUUGCCGAGUAUUUGCAUCGCCUAGUUCGAGUCGAGCUGUGGGGAUACUCAAAAGAUGAAGAUCUGAGCCCCGCCGAUUUGCUAGCAGUUAAGUAUCAUGGUAUAAGACCGGCUCCCGGAUAUCCAACUCAACCAGAUCACACCGAGAAGAAAACGCUUUGGAAUGUGCUUAAGGCAGACGACUGUGGACUCCAGUUGACCGAGCACCUUGCCAUGCUUCCAGCUGCUUCUGUCAGCGGCUUGUAUUUUGCCAGUCCAGCUAGCGCUUACUUUGCUGUAGGGAAGAUUGACAAGGACCAGGUGGAGGACUACGCGGCACGAAAAAAUAUGUCUCUAAAAGAGAUGGAACAAUGGCUGUCAACUACGUUAGGCUAUGAUAUGGAAGAUCAGUAG